AUGUCCAAGUCGCGCGUGGGUUGCAUCGAUGCGAGAAAUGAGAGGCCACAGACGGGGUUUGGAAGGCGUAGAGCCCCCGCCAGCGCACCCCCGCCUGCCGACGACGUUCGCUCGACGCUGCGCAUUGCCAGCAAGUUCGUUACCGCCUCGGCCAUCCUCUGGGACCCCAAGUUCACCGACAGACCGCCCCCGGGCGAGCUCAAGGCCACGCACGCGGGGACGCUUGCUGUUCCUUUCCGCACAGAUUCGUCCAUCAGCGUCCGCAACCUCGGCGGAGGCCAAAUCAUCCCCGUAGUCCCCAUCAUGGACAACCGCCGGCACCCGAGCUCGUUCCAGCAGCUGGAGAAGCUGGGCGAGGGCACAUAUGCUACUGUGUUCAAAGGCCGUAAUAGGCAGACGGGCGAGCUGGUGGCCCUCAAGGAGAUCCACCUCGACUCCGAGGAAGGCACGCCCUCUACGGCCAUCCGCGAGAUCUCCCUUAUGAAGGAGCUCCGCCACGAGAACAUUGUCCUGCUCCACGAUGUUAUCCACACCGAGAACAAACUUAUGCUGGUGUUCGAGUUCAUGGAUAAGGACCUGAAGCGAUACAUGGACUCGCGCGGCGACAGAGGCGCUCUGGACCCUGCCACCAUCAAGUCCUUCAUGUACCAGCUGCUGCGGGGCAUCGCCUUCUGCCACGAUGCACGCGUCCUGCAUCGCGACCUGAAGCCCCAGAACCUGCUCAUCAACAACCGCGGACAGCUCAAGUUGGCCGAUUUUGGUCUUGCCCGCGCAUUCGGAAUCCCAGUCAACACCUUCUCCAACGAAGUUGUAACGCUGUGGUAUCGCGCUCCUGACGUCCUGCUCGGCAGUCGCACUUAUAACACAAGCAUCGACAUCUGGUCCGCAGGCUGCAUCAUGGCCGAGAUGUACACCGGACGCCCCAUCUUCCCGGGAACCACCAACGAGGACCAAGUGCAGAAGAUCUUUAGGCUGAUGGGCACACCGUCUGAGCGCUCGUGGCCCGGCAUCUCACAGCUUCCAGAGUACAAGACCAACUUCCCCGUGUACGCAACACAGGACCUGCGCCACAUCCUGCCGCAGGUCGACCAGGUUGGUCUCAACCUGCUCAGCAGCAUGCUUCAGCUACGCCCAGAGAUGCGCGUAUCCGCAGCAGCCGCCCUGCAACAUCCGUGGUUCAACGACCUACCUCAAAGGCAGCAUGAGCACGCCAUGGCGAGUGCGCAGGCCCAGGCACAGCAGGCACAGAUGGGGGGCUACCAAGUACCACAGAACGCCUACUAG